AUGCAGCCUUUCUUCAAAGAGUUCCAGCGAUUGCUUCCGAGGAAGGUGGAUGUCUCAAAAACCAUUAAAAACACUUCGGGGAAAAUGUUGGAUGCAGUUGUGGAUUCUCUGUUCCAAUUUGUUGAUAUACCGUCACUCCCAUCUCAGAAAAACUUUUUACCAGUUGAAGAGAUUGGAGAACUUGUUGAGGUUACCUGCACUUCAGGAGAAAUUCCUGCUGAUUUUGCUGAGGGUGUUUUCAUCAGAAAUGGUAGUAAUCCUUUGUUUGGAGGUCUGAAAUCAGCAGUGUCGAUCUUCGGAGAAUCACACCAUACUUGGGUAGAGGGAGAAGGAAUGCUCCAUGCUCUAUACUUCAAAAGAGACGAUGACCGUGGUAGCUGGGUCAUCUCGUAUAAGAAUAGAUAUCUUGAGACUGAGACUUUUAAGAUAGAAACUAAACUAAAUAAACCAGGCUUCUUACCGGCCCUAGCAGGAGAUGCUCCGGCAAUCAUUGCAGCAUUUCUCCUAAAUUCGUUGAGAUUUGGGGCAGUCAAUAAACACAUGAGCAACACCAAUGUUUUUGAGCAUUCAGGGAAGGUUUACACUAUUGCAGAGAACUAUGUGCCUCAGGAGGUGGACAUUUCCACCUUGGAAACCGUUUGUAAUUGGGAUGUCAAUGGAACUUGGGAUCGACCAUUCACAAGUCAUCCAAAGAAAGCUCCUAGCUCCGGAGAGUUAGUCGUGAUGGGGACAGAUGCACGGAAACCUUACUAUGUUUUGGGGGUCAUCUCUGCUGAUGGAAACAAAGUGCACCAGGUCGAUCUCAACUUGAAAAGAAGUGUGCUCAGUCAUGACAUAGGAGUCACUCCACAGUACAAUGUAAUCAUUGAUCAUCCUCUCAUUGUAGAUGUAAAGAGACUCGUCAUGGGAGGCCAAUUAAUGAAGUAUGUAAAGGAAGAGUACGCGAGAAUUGGGGUCAUGCCUCGUUAUGGUGAUGCAGAGUCUGUCAAAUGGUUUGAGGUGCAGACCAAUUGCACAUUUCACAUUCUCAAUUGCUUUGAGGAUGAUGAUCAGGUUAUAGUGAGGGGAUGUAGGGCUCUCACAUCCUUUCUACCAGGUGCUGACGGCAGCCGAAACCCUUAUGAAUGGUUCUCCAAAGGGUUCAACUUCGCUGGUGAUCAUCAUGAUUCUGCAGAGGUUGGAUAUCUGUUUGUGCAUCUAUAUGAAUGGAGAUUGAACAUGUUAUCUGGAGAAGUUGAGGAGAGGAAGUUAACCGGGUCUGAAUACUCCUUGGAUUUCCCUUUCAUCAAUGAACAAUUUACUGGAUUAAAACACAAGUAUGGAUAUACUCAGGUCAUUGAUUCCAGGGCAAGCUCUUUGUGUGGGAUGGCCAAAUAUGGAUCUCUUGCCAAAAUAUAUCUGGAGGAAUCGAAUUCUACAAAGUUUGUGGAGGGAAGGGGUGGGAACUUGUUUCCAAAGGUGGAAUAUCAUAAGUUUGAGGACAACAACUUUUGCAGUGGUAGUGUUUUUGUCCCAAGAAAUGGAGGCAUCAAGGAAGAUGAUGGCUGGAUUAUCACUUUUGUUCACAAUGAAGGAACUGAUGUGACCCAAGUUCAUAUCAUUGAUGCACAAGAUUUUGAAGGUGAAACGAUUGCGAAACUUACAAUGCCACAACGGGUGCCCUAUGGUUUUCAUGGAACCUUUGUGUCUACGCCGGCUUGUCAAUCUUAG